AUGGCUUCAAAAAUUUUUACACCAACAAAUCAAAUUCGUCUAACCAAUAUAGCUACUGUACGAUUAAAAAAAGGUGGCAAACGUUUUGAAAUUGCUUGUUAUCGAAAUAAAGUCGUUUCAUGGCGAAAUAAAGAAGAAAAAGAUCUUGAUGAAGUUCUUCAAACUCAUACUGUUUUUUCUAAUGUAUCUAAAGGUCAAGCAGCUAAAAAAGAAGAUUUAGUCAGUGCAUUCAAUACUGAUGAUCAAACAAAAAUUUGUCUUGAAAUUUUAGAAAAAGGUGAAUUACAAGUAUCGGAUAAAGAACGUACUCAACAUCUGGAAAAUACAUUUAAAGAAAUUGCAUCACUUGUUAGUGGAAAAUGUAUUAAUCCGGAGACAAAACGUCCUUAUACUAUAUCAAUUAUUGAACAAGCAAUGAGAGAUAUUCAUUUUAGUGUUAAUCCUAAUCGAAAUGCUAAACAACAGGCACUUGAUGUUAUUCGUCAAUUAAAAGAAUCAAAUAAUAUUCCAAUUCAACAAGCACAAAUGCGUGUACAAUUAACGAUGCCAGCUAAAGAUGCGAAAAAAAUCAAAGAAAAAAUGAACAAAUUAUCAACAACACCACAUGUUGAUAAUGAAGAAUAUCUCGGUUCAUCCAUGCAAUUAAUUUGUUCAAUUGAUCCAGGAGUCUUUCGGGAACUGGAUGAUUUAUUAAGUAGUGAAACACGUGGACAAGGACAAUUGGAAUUAUUAAGUUUAAUGGAUGUUGCUGAGGGAGAUGAAACAUUCAAUGACUUAAAUGAGGAGAAAACAGAUGAAUGA